CAUAGAAUAUGUUUGUUUAUUUGGAUAAUUGAUACAACUUUUAUAAGUUCACCUAAAUUUACUUAAAAAUGGCUGAGAAAAUAAAAGAUCCAUAUGAUAUGGACAGCAAUAGCUUUGAUGCAGAAAAAUAUUUGGAGCGAUUAUUAAAGGAGCAUACAUUAAAAGAAAUAAUGGACACGGAAGCUGCUGUCGUAAAGGAUACACAAACCCUGCAUUCCGAUAUGCAGACAUUAGUAUAUGAAAAUUAUAAUAAAUUUAUUUCUGCUACGGAUACGAUAAGAAAAAUGAAAACCGAUUUUAAGCAAAUGGAAACUGACAUGAAUUUAUUGCGGAGCAAAAUGGAAACGAUUACCUCUUUCAGUGAGCAAAUUACUGGCACCUUGCAAGGAACACGUUCGCAACUUUGCCGUUUGUCAGAGAAGCAUUCACUUUUGAAACGUUUGCAGUUUCUUUCAUCAUUGCCUGCUAAAUUGAAAACACUUAUUGAAGAGAAAAAUUAUGCACAAGCAGUGCAAGAUUAUGUCCAUGCACAGAAAGUUUUUGCUCAGUACGGUCGACAACCUUCGUUCGAUGGCAUUCAACAGGAUUGUGAGAAGAUAAUAACUGAACUUAAAGAAAUCUUAAGAAAAGAUUUUCAGAUGGCGGGAAAUACUGCACAAUCAUUAACGGAAAUCGGGGAACUGUUGCUACAGUUGGAUGAGAAAGUUACUGACCUGGCCAGUGAAUUGUUAAGUUGUGCUUCAAAGCGUCUACAUGAACAGAUUGUUAUGCUACAAGACCAAACUGAACGAGAUAUGAUAGAAUUUGUUGAUAUGGGUAUAGAAGGCUUUCUAAAUGAUCUAGCACUAGUUGUAACUUCCUAUUUUGACAUGUUUGUGGCAAAACACUAUGAAAACGAAAGAGAUGACUUUCAGGAAUUGGCCUUACGUGAUCUUAAUGUUUUUUUAAAUAGCAAUAUCGAUAAAUAUUUAGCAUUGGUACAAGAUCGUGUCGAAUCUGAUAUAGGUUAUGGUGACACACAAAUUAUGUUGCGAGCUUUGGAUCGACUUCAUAGACGAUUAUUGGCAAUGCGAAAUAUGUGUCCAGGAAUAGAAAUUCAACGCAAUACUGUGGACAUUAUUAUUUCAGCAGCACAUCAAUUAUGUGACGUUCAUAGCAAAAACUUAAAAGAUCAUUUUUCUGAUAGUUUGAGCUCAGUUCGUUUGUCUUUAGUCUCAGCUAAAAGUGAUAAUGCUGGUGGUCCAAAUUUAAAUGAUCUCAUCACAAAUUUAUAUGUGUCAAUGAUAGAGAAAGUAAAAGGCGUGUUACAAGAUCUUUUAGUAUUUCUGCAGAAUGAUUGGUCCUUUAACAUAAAAGCGGAGCACAAAGGUACUUUAUGUGUUGAAGGCAUACGAGAAAAUCUUUUAAUCGGAUUUCUGCGUCACAUAUCCAAGAUAAUGUGCACUUUCACAGAUUGUAGUAGUUCCAGUCCACCUAAUUUACUUUUAGUUUUAUCUAAAACUUGUCUCGAAAUAGAGCAAAAUGGCGUCCAUAUACUAAUAUCGUUAGUAGAUGACUUAUAUGAAAUAGAUUCCGAAAACAGUACCACUCUCACACACGAAACUGAGGUUUGUGCUCUCAUGCGGGAGACAUCGCAAACAUUGUUAGAUGCCUAUGUUCGCCUGCAGGGUACAAAUAUAUCACAGAUGUUACGUAAAAGUGUUGAAACUCGGGAUUGGUUAAAUUGUUUGGAACCUCGGUCUGUGCGUGCAGUUAUGAAGCGUGUUGUUGAAGAAUUAUCUUCAAUAGAAAAUGUUGUUGCCAGUCUAUACGAAGCUGGUGUGCGUACUGCGGCGAGUAGUGACUCCAGCCGUAAAACCCAUUUUAGUAAUUUAACAGCAUCGAAACAACAAUUUCGUUCCAAUUGGUCCAAUUACACUCCAUCUCAGUUGGAUAGUUAUGUAUCGAAUAUACAUCGACUAUUUUCGGAGCGCAUAGAUAUAUUUACAUCAGUUGAAUUCUCUAAAGUUUCUAUCAUCACUGGAGUUGUGAAAAUUGGGUUGAAGACAUUUUUGGAAUGUGUGCGCCUGCGUACUUUUAGUAAAUAUGGACUGCAACAAAUACAAGUCGAUACACAUUAUCUACAGAUGAAUUUAUGGCGUUUCGUUACAGAUGAAAAUUUAGUUAAUUUUCUGUUGGAUGAAAUUCUUGGUUCAGCGGUACACAGGUGCCUAGAUUCUGUAUUAAUGGAACCAAAUGCCGUUGAGAUAAUAUGUGAACGUGGUUAGUACUUAACGUUAUUGUGAUUUUAUAUAGUUAACACAUUCCAUAUUAAAUUAAUAAUUAUAAUAAUGAAAUAAACAUUUAUUUAUUUAUA